AUGGACAACACCGCUUUCAAAAAUCCCAACUUUUCCGACGAAGAAGAUGAAGAAGUUCCUGAUUCCUUUUCUUGUUGCGUUUGUUUGGAUCUAUUAUACAAGCCCAUUGUACUAUCUUGUGGUCACAUAUGCUGUUUCUGGUGUGUGUAUAAGUCGAUGAAUUGUUUGCGCGAGUCUCAGUGUCCUACAUGUAGGCAUCAAUACUAUCACUUCCCAACAGUCUGUCAAGCGCUUCAUUUUAUGCUUCUUAAGAUGUAUCCCGUUGCUUACAAUAGAAGGAUCAAUCAAACUCUUGAGGAAGAGAGGAAAUCAGGCUUCUAUUCACCUCAAUUUGAUCCAGACACAUGUGAGUCACAAGCUAAAUUUGGUCAUUCAUGUAGCCCUUCUUCCUCCUCAAUGAUAAAUCCGGUGCCCAACUCAUGUGUUGUGGAAACUUUUGAAUGUACAAAGCAACCAGAGUCCAUUGCCCAUGAAGCAGAGCCAGAAAUUACUGAGACUCCGGCUGAAGAAAAAACAGUGCCUCAUGAUAAGCUUGACAUACAACAUAAAAUAUCAGUUGCUGAUGUUAUGUGUACAAUGUGCAAGCAACUUCUUUUUCGUCCUGUAGUUCUGAACUGUGGUCACGUAUACUGUGAAACUUGUGUCUACAAGUUAGCUGAUGAUAUGCUUAGAUGUGGAGUUUGUCAAAGUCCACAUCCAAGAGGAUUUCCGAAAGUGUGUUUGGAGUUUAAUCACUUUUUGGAGGAGCAAUUUGCUGAAGAAUAUGCACGGAGAAGUGAUGCUACUGAACUAAAGGAUAUCAAAGUCAAACCUGAGACCCCUUCUUGUUCAUUGGAUAACGGUAACAAAGGAGAAAGUACAGAAUGGUGGUCUGAUCCUGACUUGAAAGUUCAUAUUGGAGUUGGUUGUGACUUUUGCGGGAUGUUUCCUAUCAUUGGAGAUAGAUAUAGAUGCACUGAUUGCAAGGAGAAAAUGGGUUUUGAUCUUUGUAAAGAUUGCUACGACACCCGCUCCAAACUUCCAGGCCGAUUUAAUCAACAACACACCUCAGAUCAUAAUUUCAAGCUUGUACAACCCAAUUAUAUUCGCAACAUAAUGCUGAGGCUGGUCACAGGACAGUUAGGCGACAGGUCUAUCGACGCUGAGUCUUUGAGUAACAUAGAUUUUACAGCCGAAGCCUCUGGCUUGUUUGACGAUGGUGAAGAUAACCAGAAUGACCCUGAAGCUACCAAUUGA